GGAAGUGGCGCAGGCUGUCAGUUACCGUCGUUGUUCAAACACAACAGACGCGCUAAAGACAAACAACAAAUCAAACUCGUCCUCAGAUCAUCAUGAAUGUGUCGAAAACAUGGCUUCAAAACCAGAACAGCUGCUGAUUGUUGUUUCUGUGCUCGAAGGCCGUCGGUUUCCCAGGAGUCCUCGGCACACGCUCGUAGUCGAGGCUCGCUUCGACGGAGAGAGUUUGGCCACAGACCCCGUCGAACACAAAGAACAGCCCCAGUUCUGCACUGAGCUGGCCUGGGAGCUCGACCGCAAGACUCUGCAUCAGCACCGACUCCAGAGAACACCCAUCAAACUACAGUGUUACGCCGUCGACUCCAGCUCGUCUGCGAGGGAGUGUGUGGGAUACAUCGUCCUCGAUCUCAGAUCGCUGCAAGAGAUCAAGCAGGCUCCUAAAUGGCAUCCUUUACUCAGUAGCAAGUACACAAAACUGAAACCUGCUCUUCUGAUCAGCAUGAUCUUAGAGAACGACACCAAACCAGCAGCUGAGCAGUUCAAGGCCAAGAAAGCUCCAGCGAGGCCAGGCUCUCCAGCGCUGGUUCCUCUGAACUCUGAUAAACUCAGGCCGCUUCUGAACGAGGAGGAAGGUUUCCAUCAGAUCGGACCUGAAGAUGUGUGCGCUGAGAUGUUUGUGCUGUCGGUGACGCUUGCCUUUGCUUCUAAACUGGAGCAGCUGAUCUCCAGCUCCACCAAGCUGUCCAGCGAGGGCUCCGAGUUCUUCUUCUAUUACACUCUGUUGGGGAACGACGUCACCAGUGAACCUUUCCAGAACCUCCUCAGUCCGAACUUUGAGCCGGAGCGAGCAUCGGUGCGCAUCCGCAGCAGUGAGCACUUCCUGCGGCUCUUCCUCGGUCAGCAGCCCUGUCUGCAGAUCCAUCUCUGCUGUGGAAACCAGUCUCUGGGCAGCACUGAGGUCAGUCUGGCUGGGUUAAUGAAGAGCAGCGCUGAUCUCACUAAAGGUCCGGCCACUAUAGAGGGUGUUUUCAUCCUGCAGCCUCCGCAGCGAGUGAAGGCCGGCCUGCAGUGUGUCCCGCCGGACCUCCAGCCCACUGUGAGCGUGUCUGUGACCCUCCGAGCCGAAGAGAGCGCUCAUCAGCUGGAAGUACCCAUUGAGAAUGGACCUAAAACGCCAGUGAAGAAAGGCCCAGUUCCAGCUGCCCGUCGUGAACGUCCCUCAGAGGAGCCAAGAGCCCUAUCACCGGACCGGCCUCUCCGGACCCCAGACCCUUCUCCUGAACACCAACACUCAGAGAGCGAGGCCGAGAGUCUGUGCACGCACAGCAGACAGGCCCCGCCCACAGCGCACAGCAGACAGGCUCCGCCCACAGCGCACAUCAGACAGGCCCCGCCCACAGCGCACAGCAGACAGGCCCCGCCCACAGCACAUGAUGUGACUGAAGCUGAUGCUGGAGAUUCGUCCGUCUCUGUUUCUGCUCCGAAGAUCUCCAUCCCUGCGUCUGCACAUCACUACAGCUUCUCCCUGGACCUGCGCAGCGUUCGAGAUCUGAGGAACAGCUUCCCUGUGAACUGCAUCCUCCGGUACGCUUACCAGUUCUUCGGCAGCGCGGCUCCCAUCAUGACCAGUCCAGCGGUGGAGGUGAAGAAGAACACCGAGGUGUUUCUGCCACAGUCGUACUGCGCCUUUGAUUUCGCCGCUUUACCCAAUCAGCUUCAGGACACGUUCCUCAGGGUUCCUCUGGUGGUGGAGAUGUGGCACAGAGAGCCAAUCUCUGGAGAUGUUCUGCUGGGUUCUGUCAGCAUUCAUCUGUCCCGUCUCCUCAGCUCCGAGAAAACACGCUUCCUCGACCCGUCCGGUCUGCAACGCUGGAGACAGAGCUGUUCUGAGAGGAUCCCCAUCAUGAGAGCAGACGGGUCCGAGAGGUUGGCUGAACUCUGUUACGUGAGCGUUCUUGAAGAUCUGGGCUUUGUGAAAGCGCAAGACGUCCUCGUCUCUGAAUCGUCACAGGGGCCGCCGCCGGCUCUGGCUCCUCCUCCUCAGGGCCCCGGGGGGGCGGAGCCUCUCACUCGACCUCGAGAGACCCCGGAGUACAAGGCAGCGCUGGAGCUGGAGAUGUGGAAGGAGAUGCAGGAGGAUCUGUUCGAUAAUCAGCUGAAGCAGAAGGAGUUGAGUCACAUGCAGGCACUGGCCGAGGAGUGGAGGAAGAGAGAUCUCCAGCGGGAGGCGCUCAUCAAGAAGAAGGAGCUGGAGUAUAAUGUUCUGGAGGAGCAGCUGCAGAAGACUCUGUGUGAUCUGGAGAAGAGAGAGAAAGCUCUGGCUCACGCUGAGAUGGAGACGCAGAGGCUGCAGCGAGAGCUCCGCUCCGAGCACGAGUUCAACAUGCGAGAGCUGCAAGACAGCGGCCGGCGUCUGCGCCAGGACUGCACUCACCAGGUGGAGCUGGAGAGGUCAAAGGUCAGGCAGCUCAAGGAUCAGCUGGCUCAGCAGCGACAGCAGAUACAAGAGGCUGAGAACAAAUACAAGCAGCUGGAGAAGGAGUUUGUUCAGUACCGGGAUCAGCAGAACGUCCGGCCCGAGGUCCGUCUGCAGUCAGAGAUCAACCUGCUGACCCUGGAGAAGGUGGAGCUGGAGCGUAAACUGGAGUCUGCGACUAAAUCCAAACUGCAUUACAAGCAGCAGUGGGGACGAGCCCUGAAGGAGCUGGCCAGGUUUAAACAGCGUGAGCAGGAGAAUGCUAUGACCCGUCUGAGGAAGCAGCAGCAGGAGCUGGAGCACAUGAGGUUACGAUACCUGGCCGCUGAAGAGAAGGAAGUCGUCCAGAACGAGAAACACGAGCUUCAGGACAUCCGUAACGAGCUGAACAGGCUGAAGCCACAGGAGGAGCCGUGCAGCUGGAGGGACACGGCACACGCGUGUGCGAGCGAGAGCACUGAUGAACACGUGACACGUCUGCUGGAGGAGAGAGACACGCUGCUGCGCACCGGAGUCUACACGCAUGAUGACAAGAUCAUCUCUGAGCUGGACCGACAGAUCCAGCAGAUCAUGAGCCGCAGGAACACGUGACACGCUCCGA